CCAAAAACCAACGAGACAAAUUAGAAACACGAUUUUACGUCGAUCCCAUCGUACGUUCAGAUAAUUACGCCACUUUUUAGGAAUGUAUGACAGUUUUGGUCCUCCAAUGAUAAUUUUUGGAAGGUUGGUAUGAAAAUCCACUACGAGCGGCCUAAAGAGAAGCACAUUGUUUACAAUUAUAAAACCGGUGACAUUUCCUUCUUCAUCAAUAAGAAUAAAACGUCUAACUGUCUUAUUUCUCUCCUGACUUAAAAAUUCAGUUGAUAACCCUCCUGCAAACAUGAAGUUGAGUGUGGAUGGGCUCUUAGUGUAUUUUCCAUAUGAUUACAUAUACCCAGAACAAUAUGCUUACAUGAUGGAACUGAAGAGGGGACUUGACGCAAAGGGCCACUGCCUGUUGGAGAUGCCCUCUGGAACGGGGAAAACAAUUACCCUCAUUUCACUCAUCGUUGCUUAUAUGAUUGAAAACCCUUUCUCAGUGGUAAAGCUUAUUUACUGCUCCAGAACAGUACCUGAGAUUGAGAAAGUCUUGGAAGAGUUAAAAAGACUUCUUGCUUAUAUCGAAAGGGAAAGAGAGGUUCCAAACACUAUGACUGGAGUAGUGCUUAGCUCACGGAAAAAUCUUUGCAUUCAUCCUCAAGUUAGCAAAGAAAGAGAUGGCAAAGUUGUAGACGGUCGAUGUCACACCCUGACAGCUUCCUAUGUCCGAGAGCGGCAUAAGUCUGAUGACUCGGUUCCUGUCUGCUCGUUCUUCGAAAGCUACGAUAUUGAAGGUCGAGAAGGAACUGUUCCUCCUGGUGUUUACAAUCUAGAUGAUCUGAAAGCAUAUGGCCAAAAAAUGGGAUGGUGUCCUUACUUCAUAGCAAGGCAGACGAUCCUUCAUGCUCAAAUUGUGGUGUACAGUUACCACUAUCUUCUUGAUCCCAAGAUUGCUGAAGUUGUAUCCAAAGAGCUUUCAAGGAAUGCUGUUGUUGUUUUUGAUGAAGCUCACAACAUAGAUAAUGUGUGCAUUGAUUCUAUGAGUGUACGAAUCACAAGGAGAAUUAUUGACAAAAGUGUUCAAAACCUUCAAUUUCUUGAAGCAUCAGUUAAGGAGAUGCGUGAAUCAGAUGAAGGUAGCCUCCAAAAUGAAUACGAGCGUCUGGUGGAAGGAUUGCGCCAAGCUAAUGAGCAACGAGAGACAGACGAAAUCCUUGCAAACCCUGUUAUGCCGAAUGAAAUUUUGAGAGAGGCUGUGCCUGGAAACAUUAGAACUGCAGAACACUUUGUCAGCUUCCUUAAACGUUUUGUAGAAUAUCUGAAAACAAGGUUGCGUGUGCAACAUGUAGUCCAGGAAUCAUCUGCUGGCUUUCUUAAGGAUUGUCUUGAAAAAGUUUGCAUUCAAAGGAAGCCACUGAGAUUUUGUGCUGAACGGCUUUCAUCUUUACUAAGGACAAUUGAAGUUUCCGAUUUAACAGACUUCUCUCCUCUAACUUUAAUCACACAUCUAGCAACUUUAGUAUCUACAUAUACCAAGGGUUUUUCAAUUAUUGUGGAACCAUUUGAUGAUAAGAACCCUACAGUCUCAAACCCAAUUCUUUACUUCAGUUGUUUAGAUUCCAGUAUUGCUAUAAAGCCAGUCUUUGAACGUUUUCAAAGCGUUAUAAUCACAUCUGGUACCUUGUCUCCUCUUGAUAUGUACCCCAAAAUCCUAGAUUUUCAUCCUGUCAUUAUGAGCUCUUUUACUAUGACUUUAGCAAGACCUUGUCUCCUGCCAAUGAUUGUGUCUAAAGGUAAUGAUCAGGUAGCAAUAUCGUCACGUUAUGAGACAAGAGAAGAUGUUGCAGUUGUGAGGAAUUAUGGGCAGUUGCUUGUUGAGGUGGCCUCUGUAGUGCCUGAUGGAGUUGUGUGCUUUUUUACCUCUUAUCUUUAUUUGGAGUCUGUUGUGGCUGCAUGGUAUGAUCAAGGAGUUAUAUCAAAUCUCCAACGACACAAAUUACUCUUCAUUGAAACACAGGACGCAGCUGAAACAAGUUUAGCUCUUCUAAACUAUAUAAAGGCAUGUGAUACUGGCAGGGGAGCUGUUUUGCUCUCUGUGGCUCGGGGAAAAGUAUCAGAGGGAGUGGAUUUUGAUCACCAUUUGGGCCGAGCUGUGUUGAUGUUUGGAAUCCCUUAUGUAUACACUCAAUCCAGAAUCUUACGUGCUAGAUUGGAAUAUUUACGAGAUCAAUUCCAAAUUAGAGAAAAUGAUUUUUUGACAUUUGAUGCAAUGAGACAUGCUGCCCAGUGUAUAGGUCGUGUCCUCAGAGGAAAAACUGAUUAUGGAAUUAUGAUUUUCGCCGACAAGAGAUUCUCUCGCUCUGAUAAGAGGAGUAAAAUACCAAAGUGGAUACAGGAGUAUCUGUCAGACAACCUUUGCAAUCUGUCAACUGAAGAAUGCAUUCAGAUGUGCAAAAGGUUUUUACGGAAAAUGGCUCAACCCUUCACGCAGGAGGAUCAAAUGGGAGUGUCACUCUUAACAUUGGAGCAGCUUGAAAAUGAAGAAUUGAUGAAGAAAACUGAACAGAAAGCCCAUGCCAAGCUGUCUUGAGAUUCUACCAAUCCCCUCUCCCAAAAGAGCAAAUUGUAAACUUUCUGCUACUUCAAUCAAUAAAAUAAGGGCAGUUUCACUAAA